AUGCAAGCAAAAGAGAUGGCUCAGAAGGUGGAAGCAGAAGUCAAGAAGAUCGUUGACUUUGCCGGAGACACUCUUCAUUCUCUUGGUGCUCACUUUACUCCGCUGACUCCAGCUAUCAAAAAGCUGGAAGCACACGGUGGUGAGAUGGGAGAUGUAUGGGAUGAUGGUACUCACCAAGAUGUUAGAAAAGUAUAUAUAGGGAAAGCCCAAAAUGGUAUAGCAUUCGUCAAGUUCGAGUAUGUCAAUGGUUCUCAUGCCGUUGUUGGAGAUGAACAUGGAAAGAAGACUCUGUUAGGAGUUGAUGAGUUUGAGAUUGAUGUUGAUGACUACAUUGUAUAUGUAGAAGGUUACCGUCAGAUAGUUAAUGAUAUGACCUCAGAAAUGAUCACAUUUCUUUCAUUCAAGACUUUCAAAGGCAAAACCUCUCAGCCUAUCGAAAGCAGACCUGGGACUAAGUUUGUGCUUCACGGUGGUAAAAUCGUUGGCUUUCAUGGACGUUCUAGCGACGUCCUAUAUGCCCUCGGAGCCUAUGUUUCAUUGUCGUGCACUCCGAAAUUGAGUGGGAAAUGGACUAAGGUGGAACAAAAAGGAGAAGGUCCAGGGCUAAGGUGCUCGCAUGGCAUAGCACAGGUAGGUAACAAGAUCUACGCCUUUGGUGGGGAGCUCAUACCAAAUCAGCCCAUCGACAAACACCUUUACGUCUAUGACCUCAAGACCCAUACUUGGUCAAUUUGUCCAGCUACGGGAGACGUUCCACACCUUUCAUGCUUAGGUGUUCGUAUGGUUGCAGUAGGAUCAACCCUCUAUGUCUUCGGAGGCCGAGACGCUUCACGAAAAUAUAACGGUUUCUACUCAUUUGAUACGAAAAAGAACGAGUGGAAACUGGUUACUCCGGUCGAAGAAGGACCCACUCCUCGUAGUUUCCACUCGAUGGCAGCGGAUAAGAACAACGUUUACGUUUUCGGUGGAGUGAGUGCUACGGAGCGGCUCAAGACACUAGAUGCUUACAACAUCGCUGAUAAGAAGUGGGUGCAGUGUGCGACUCCAGGAGAAAACUUUAGCGUUAGAGGAGGAGCAGGGCUCGAAGUGGUGAAAGGGAAGGUAUGGGUUGUGUACGGAUUCAACGGAUGUGAAGUAGAUGAUGUUCAUUACUAUGAUCCUGAUCACGACAAGUGGACACAAGUGGAAACAUUCGGUGAGAGGCCUUCGGAAAGGAGUGUGUUCGCUAGCGCAGCUGUUGGGAAACACAUUUUGUUGUUUGGAGGUGAGAUUGCGAUGGACCCACAAGGUCACGUUGGUCCGGGUCAAUUGACCGAUGGGACUUUUGCGCUGAAUACAAAGACGUUAAAGUGGGAGAGGGUGGAUAAGUUUUGUGAUGAGGAGGAGACUCCGAGUAGCAGAGGAUGGACAGCCUCCACAAUUGGGACCAUUAAUGGUAAGAAAGGAAUAAUCAUGCAUGCAGGGAAAGCUCCAAACAAUGACCGGUUUGAUGAUCUCUUCUUUUUCGGAAUUGAAUAUGCUUAAUUAAACGCUAACGCUGCUUGAUGAUGACUGUUGGUGAUUGUGUGUGUGUGUGUGUUGCAAUAAGAAAGGGUCAGGACUUAGACCAUCCUCGUUGC